UUGAGUUUAAAAACCCCUACCAGGGGGGUUUGAGUUUAAAACCCCUACCAGAGGGGUUCGAGUUUAAAAACCCCUACCAGAGGGGUUCGAGUUUUAAACCCCCUACCUGGGGUUUUUGCAGUUAACUCCCCCUUUUCUAUGAAACAAAACAAAAAAAAAAUGCAAGCGAAAAUUCCCUUAAUUCCAAGACCACAGUUAAGGAAGAUUUUGAUUUUAAAACCCCCUCUAAAAUUUACGAUAAACCCCCUCUUCAAAAUUAAAAAAAAGCUAAUUACGCACUCAAAAUGUUAUGAGCGUAGCUAAAUGGGUUUUGACUCAGUUUUGAGUUUAAAAAUCCCACUUCAGCGGGGUUUGAAGGUAAAAAAUACCUCUUUAAUAAUAAAAACAAAGCAAAUUAUACACUCAAAAUGUUAUGAGUGUAGUCAAAGGGGUUUUGAUUUUAAUGUCCCCUCCUGCGGAGUUUGAAGCUAAAAAGUACCUCUUCAAUAUAAAUAAAAGCAAAUUGCUCACUCUAAAAUCUAUGAGCGUAGCCAAAGGGGUUUUGAGUUUAAAUCCCCCGCCAGGGGGGUUUGAGGCUAAAAAAUACAUCUUCAGUGUAAGAAAAAAAGAAAAUUACGCACUCAAAAUGCUAUGAGCGUUGCCAAAAGGGGUUUUGAGUUUAAACCCCCAUUCAGUGGGGUUUGAUGCUAAAAAUACCUCUUCAAUAUAAAAAAAAAAGUAAAAUACACACUAAAACUAUUUGAGCGUAGCCAGUCCAAUCGGGGGUUUUGAGUUUAAACCCCUCUUCUACAGAUGGCUUUUUUUUUAAAGUUUAAAACCCCUCCAGAUGGUUUUAAGUUUAAGAUCCUCCCUACAGAGCAUUUUUGUGGUGGAAAACCCCCAACAGAUUAUUUUGAUGAUAAAACUUCUCUUUUUGAUAUAAAAUCUAAAGCAAACUACAGUCACUUAAUUCCAAGAGCGUAUUCAAGAGAGGCUACACAUUUUUUACCAGUGGCAGGUCUCCAUUAAUAAACUGCAUUGAAUAGUCAUCUGCCGAAAUUGAAAAACACUAAAUGUGGCUCAACAAAGAUGGCUAAGACAGAUUUUAGGAGUCAGUUAUAGAGAUCGGGUCUAAAUCAAGGAAAUCCUAUGCCGAACUGGUAGUCGACCCCUUAGUAAGAUUGUGAGAGAGCGACGCAUGAGGUUUGCGGGACAUGUUCUCUGACAAAAUGAAUUACGCAUAAGAAGAGUUGCAAUGAUAUCCUAGUACAACUUGACGCCACUCAUUCAUGGAGGUCCUCAUGGCAGGUGGGAAGAGGCUUCAGACAUUACCAGUGACAGAUUUUUAUGGAAACAGCUUGACGGCAAAUGAGCCGAACGGCGCGGGAGGAUCUAAAUUCGCAUAGAUAUCUGGUCAUUCUAGAUCUGUAUAUAUUGAAAUUUAUUAUGGAAGUUGGCAAGGAGUUUACAUCCUGGGAAAGUUUUCAACAUGCUUUAGAUCAAUAUUCUAGAGAAAGCAAGGUGGUUUAUAUUGUUGGAACAUGUAAGCCUGUGGAAGCAGCCAAUAGAAAUGAAUCUCUGCAGAUCAAGUUCCCAACAAAGUUCAAGUAUUGCUUUGCCAGAAUGUUGUGCAAACAUUAUGGCAACUAUACAUCUCAAAGUAUUGGGCAAAGACCGAACCAAAGAACAUGCAAAACUGGCUGUACAUCAUCGAUACUUGUAUCUGUGAAUAAAAAAAGAACAGCUCUAGUGAUAAAAGAGGCUAACUUACAACACACACAUGAAGUCUCUGAGCUCAUUUUCAGCAAAUAUUCUCAGAACCGCAGACUCCAAGGAGAAGAACGCCGGAUGGCUACCAUAUUGUUGAGAGCUGGAGUUCCAGUUAAUCGCAUACAAGAAUUCAUAUUUAACUGCAGCACCAAGUCACCCACCAUUAAAGAUCUGCAAAAUAUCAAAGCCGCAAUGAAAGGAUAUUUGCCUGACAAUGAAGGCCAUGAGUUUGACUUUCUGACCAGUUUAGACCAGCUAAUGGCAGAAGAUUCACAGUCCAUCGUCGAAAUCAUUAAUUUUGACCAAGUGCCAGGAGCCAUCUACAUUCAGACCUCAAAAAUGCUGGACAGAAUGAAAUCUUUUCUAGGUGAAGGACUUCAAAUUAUAACACAAUCUAUCAAUGAUGCCAAAAUGCCUGUUGUGAGUAUAGUAGGAGUAGAUAGCGAUUUGAACCUACAUACCUUUGUCUUUGGGAUUCUCAUAGUUGGAGGAAACUCAGCUUUUCAGUACUUCCUGGAAGCAUUUGUCAAAAACAAUCAGGACUUUUGUGACUCCAUGACUGGUGUGGUUCUUGACUUUCCUAAAGAAGAAGCAGAAUUCUUAUUGCAGUUAAUUCCACAUGUCAAUGUUGCAUGGAGUCAAUCUUAUAUUUUGCAGAAAUUUUCUGAAGAACUAGAUGGUAAAAAAGACAUGCAGAAAAUGUUAGUUUUACAAACAGACCUGAUGAAGUCUGAUAAUGAAAGUAUUUAUAAGAAAAAGUUAAAAGAGCUGUGUAAUGUAAAGGGAUUCUCUGAUUAUAAAGAAUUUCUUCAGAACUGGGACAAUUGUAAGGACUUAUGGGUACAGUAUGAAUUGAAAUCUCAUAAUGGACUUCAUCACCAAAAAUCUGCAGUUGAAUUAACGUAUGUAAAUACUUUGAAUGUAUUUGUCAAACCUAACAUGAACCUUUCAGAGCUUAUUGAAGCUUUGUUGAAAUUUGACAGAGCUGAAGAUCCUGGCAAGAUGAGCAAAGAGAUGUCCUUAUCAGGUGUACUGCAUCCAAGCUGUGAGCAGUACAGACAGUUUUGUUUUCCUGAAGCCUCUCAUGCCAUUUCUUGUCAAAUAGGCAUUGCUUUGUCCAGUUCGUACUGCAUAAAUGUCCAAUCUGACAUGAUUUUUGUUAAACGUUCCGAUUCAGACCAGGACUACAUUCUGGAUAACGAUGGGAGUAAAUGCACCUGUCGAUAUUACAUUGACACUGAGCUACCUUGUCAGCACAUAUUUGCCUGGCUGAACUACGCGAAUAAAUCUUUGUUCCAGGAGCACCUUGUUCCUGUCAAAUGGCAGGUGUUUGGUAAGUCAAUAACACUUGGUGCUCUUGUUGAAUCUUUAGCACAGGGUCAAGUCCCUUCUUCCUUUCAUCAUGACCAAAGAUUAAAAGAACUACAGGGUAUUUUGAAAGAUACCCUUACCCUUUGCUGCUCACACUCUUAUGAGCAAAUGGGAAAAGAUUUAGUUUUGCUGAGACAAGUUCUAAUGGUCAUGAAGAGUUGUUUGUCUCAGAAUACUAAAUUGGUGACAGAGUCACAGGAUGAAAUCAUUAAAGAUAUUCCACCAGAGUCUAGUACUGUUUCAGUAUUGCCACGCCGACGUGGGCGACCCAGCAAAAAAGAUAAACUGCUUCAAACUCAGCAGCGGCAGUCAGUUACAGAACCACCCAUUCCAGUAGCUCCGCAACCAUCUUACACCAGGUCCAGGCAUAAUCUACGAACAAACAUUAAGCACAAAUUUGUAACAAGGGAUGUCCACUUAGAAAAACAAGGAGAAGCUACUCCUAUAAAGAAGCUUAAAGAAAGCAACUCAGACCAAGACAAAAGAGGUUGCAGAAUCAAAAAUGUGAACAGUAACCAUCUUAACACUGUCAGUAAUGACAUAGCAAUGAAAGAAACAGAGGAAACACCUGCAUCAAUUACUGCUGACAAUGAAACAGCUCAAUUGCAAGUCAAGAAUACAGCUUUAAAAGGCAGACAUUCGCUCUCCACAAAUGACUCUUAUCAUAACAAAGUGAUAAGCCCAGAAAAACCUCAUCUGGAUUCUGAAACCAUUUCUUCCCACCAUGCCAGUCAUGUACCACCACAUAACAAUGACCACAGACAAAAAUCAGAUAUAGAAGAAGGCUCUGAUGAAGAAGACGAAAAUGAUUCUGAUGAUAAUGAGGAGUCAGAACAUGCAGAAGAAAAUGGUCUUUCUGGAGAGGAUGUUAGUGAUGAACCAGUAGCCAAAGAAGAAAAUCUUUUACAGAAAAUAAAAGAGUAUCUCCAAGAAACUGCUCAGGAAUCUCUGCUUCAACUUAUCAACACAGUUGUUGCUCUGAGCUCAGAUGAAGAAAAAGCUGAAUUUGAAAGAAAAGGCCUUGUACUAGGACCUGCCCAUCCUGUAGAUAGUUUGACCAAAAUGUGUUCCAAUACAUCAUUGAGAGAUCACAUAAUUAGUCAUCUCAGGGAACUUUCCCCAAACCACAGUGAGACAGUUUAUCAGGCCUCUGCAGGAAUAAUAGAGAAAUCUGUGCAGACAGGGCUGCCUAUCUCACAGCUUUCACAGAUUCUUAGUUACUGGCCAAACCAUUUACCUGAAUUUCCAUCCUCUCGACCACUGGAGGGAGAAUUGACCUUAAUUGAAGGACAGAUUCUUCGAUUGGGCAGUCACAAAUUGAAUCAGUUAGACAUAGAUACAUUGAGAGCAGGUCAGGAGAUAAGUGUAAAGAUUCUGCAUGCUUAUCUGGAGAUCUUGGCCCAAAGACACAGUGGUAAAAUUUUCAUCAUUCCAUACGAUAUGGUGCUGUCUUGGAGAAGUGGAAAUUAUAGUGACAGAAUAUAUAAAAGGGUUCAUCUUAAGACAUUUGAAUACAUUAUUUUGCCGAUCAACUGUGGAGCUGAAUUUAGCCUGUCUGAAAGGCUGACUGGAGAUAUUCCUGAGCCAUGUUGGAUGACUUUAGUUGCAGACAUCAAAGAGAAGACAAUUAGUGUACUGAAUCCCAAAACAGAAGACAAAUAUGCCAUUGCUGCUAAUGGAUACAUGUUUCAGUGGAGGCGUUACAUGCAGAUCCGCUCCAUACACACUGGAGAGAUGCUGUCUACUUGGACCACCAAGCAGAUCCCAUGUAAUACAAUUGAAGAUAACUCUUCUUCAGGCAUUCACUUGUUAAUGAAUGUGGAAGCUCUUGUGAACAAGGUCUCCCCUUUGGUGAUGACUUCAGCCCACAUUACUAACUACUUCAAUCUGAUAGCUGUGGCACUACGAGAUGCUGACCAGGAGACUACUGUUCUCUGCGUGGGUGGACCUGAGUGCCAGACUCUGGCUGCUAGAGAUGCAGACUGGAUUCAGUGUGAGAACUGUCGCACUUGGUGGCACAGGGCCUGUGCUGACCUGACCAAGACCAUUUUUUACUGUAACUCUUGUCACCAGAGGAUCCUAGCAGUGAAAGGUGAACUUCCUGCUCCUGUGCAGCCACAUGAGGAGGGAGACAGUGAAUGUCACAGUGUUGAAGAUAUUAACCAAUGAAAUGAUCCCAACCGCAAUCAGCACAAUUCUCAAGAUAUUAAAACUCAAUAUGGGUGUUACAAUACCGAUGCUGUAAAGGGAGGCAAAAAGGUUUCUCAUUGUCAGGAUUCAUCUUGAUCUUGGUGCAUUCCUGUUUUGCAAGGAGGUGAGGAUAGUUAUAUUCUUGCCUUACCAUUGGGUCAUUUGUUUUGCUGCCAGAAAGAAGUAUGGAAGUUUGUUCUAGGUCUACUGGUAUGCUCCUAUUUUAAGUUUAGAAAAAAAGUGACACAGUUAUGAUAUGACCAUCACAGACUUGCUCAUUCAUUCAAUUCUAUGCUACCCAAUUUCGGGGUACCUGAUAAAUAAAUAUAAAUUUGGUUUAGAAAUAAGAGUUGUUGUUCUUAUUUUUAAUAAUAGUAAUAAAAGUAAAAUAAUUAUGUGAUAAAGAAAAUUGUAAAUAAAAUAUAUAAUAACU